AUGACUCUGGUCAAUAGUAGACCCGAGUUGAUGAAUCUAUCAUUUUCCGGCUGUGGAUUCCUCUGCGUCUACCACGCCGGCGUCGCCGCCGCCAUCAAAGAAUACGCACCCCAGCUCCUUCAGAAUAAGAUUCUCGGAGCGUCAGCCGGCUCGAUUGUCGCUUGUGGUCUUAUCACAAACGUUUGUAUAUCCCAUGCCACCAGCACAAUACUCAAAGUGGUCAGUCAGGCGAGAGCGAGGACGUUCGGACCGCUACAUCCGGAAUUCAAUUUGCUAGGAAUCGUUCGAGAGGAACUAGAGCAUAUUUUGCCAGAGAAUGCAUAUGAAAUGUGUACCGGUCGUUUGGUGAUCUCGUUAACCCGAUGGAGUGACCAUGAGAACGUCAUAAUCGAGGACUACCGAUCUAACGCCGAUCUUAUCGACGCCAUCAUGUGCUCUUGCUUCAUCCCACUCUACUGUGGAAUCACACCUCCGAAAUUCCGAGGAGUUCAAUAUAUAGACGGAGGAGUUUCGGAUAAUCAACCAAUUUACGACGAGCACACCGUUACCGUAUCCCCGUUCUCUGGAGAAUCAGACAUUUGUCCGCCGGAUUGGGAUAGUGGAAGUUUGUUGGGAGUGGACUUCAAUGGAACGUCAAUCAGAUUCACUGCGAGAAACAUGUUCAGAUUGAUGGCUUGUUUGUGGCCAAGAUCAACGGAUGAUUUAUCGAAAAUGUGCUUGCAAGGAUUUGGAGACGCAUUGAGAUUCCUCACGAAAUAUGGAAUGGCCCCUUGCAUACGAUGCCUUACGAUUCAAACCGCCGACGCUGCCAACGAUUCCACUGCAAUCGCCGCCGGACGAGUGUCUUCUGAAUGCUUCUCAGAAAACGACGACAUGAAAAAACUAGCAGCCGCCCUUCCAACCAACAGAAUUCGUAAACGUGCGAGCACCAACGCUCUCAACAGGUAUUAUCUAUUGCUAGGGCGACCUAGACCAACAUUCUCUCUUAGCUUCCGUACUCGUGGUGAAUCCGAGUGUGAGACGUGCGGUGACAGUGACAUUCCACUCGAAGAAGUCAACAUUCAAAGCUUCUUUCCAAGUAUUAUGAAGAAACCUUUCGAAGACGCCGUCGCUGCUGAAAAAUCCAUGUUCCAGUACAUCAUGUCGUUCCGACUGGUUCGCUACGCGACUACAGCAAUGGGUAUUUCAAAGUUCCCGCUCGAUAUGGCGGUUGCUUUCGUCAAAAAGUUGGUGAACUCACCGGCCGAUUUGGCCUUUAUCACAACUUUCUUUGGCAGAGUCCACCAGUACUUGGAUAUGGUUAGUCCGCCGCAAUGGAUUCGGCUGAAACUUCGUACUCUGGCCGACUUCAUUUUGGGCGAGGUGGAGAAACAGAAGUCCAGAUAUACUAACUUCUCCUGCCUGGUCGCCGUAUCUGAAACUGACAACUUUGGAUCUGUUCUCGCCUCCUCUACAAUGGACAAAGACGAACAUAAAGAAAUCGAGAUGAGUGAGGAUGCCAAAAAAGAGAUGCGUCUUCUUCGAGAGCGAGAUCGCCGUAGAAAAAUGCUCAGAAAGGCUGGAAGACUCACUCCGAACAACUCAGAAAGCUCUCUCCCAACCGAUGUCUAUGACGUGGAUUCGUUCGAGCAUGUGGUGGAUUUCACAAGGAACCAUGAUGCUUUAUAUGAGUUCCACUAUAUGGACGAAAAUAAAGUUAUGAGAACAUUCGGUCUCUUCACCGAUCAUCAACCUCAUUCAUCCUCAUCUUCUCAUCACCAUCAUACGAAGAGUCUAGGAUGCUCAAGUCGUCUGGUUCAUGUUCCAGAAGAGGAUGAAGAUGUGGCAUCUGCAGUUUCAGCGCCCGCUGUGAUAUUCCAUGGAGGAGAAGUGGAGUCAGAUGAUAAGGAUUCUGGAUUCUCCGGUAUCGACACAGGGACAAAAGUGGUGCCUCGUGAGCCAUCUCCUAGUAAACGCGACGCUUGUUGCUCUCCAGUCCGUGAUUUCGAUGAGCAAUCCACGUCAGAAACCAAAAGAUCAGACGUCACCAGGAGGAGUCAACGACGAUACAUUCGCGAUACCCUGGAAUCGAGAAAACAGAAGAAAUCGACAACGCCGUCGGCUUCGGUCCUGUCAUCGGAUUCCGAAGGAGUAGACGGAACCGAGAAGCUGUUCGUGCCAUCGCGCAAAGCGUGGCGAGCCAGCAGUGAUUUCGAUAACAAGGAUUUGUCGUCCAAACAUUCUGAUACGACAACCGCAUAG